CUAAGUUCUCUUUCGCAUCGCAUGGUUAAAGCCACCUCCGUGGUUAAAGCAAUAGGGCGCCUCGAGCAUUCCGUUCGUAACUUCUGUUGUUACCCGUUGUUUUGAGGCAUAGACCUAAUAAAUAUAAUUGUUUUCUACUCGCUUGGUGUGUUGUUAUUACUCAUCGAUCCUGAACACGUCCUAAAAAUAAGACGUAAUCUGUGACCAAUGAUACACCGCCAAAUCGUGAUUCCAUUUAUUCACAUAAAUACGUUAUCUUAGAAUAAAUACAUUAUCGUAGCUGAUAUGCGUUUAAUAUUAAAUUACAUGUAAAGUUACAUCUAAAUAAUUUAAUCGAAUUGUUCAACACACACAAAACUUUAAGGAUCAAUAACAUUUGCCUAUUUUUAUCUAAUUCUGAAUGAUUGAAAGAAAAAUCUAGCCUCGGUAGCAUUGCUCCUUAAUAACAUUGUUUUCAUAUCUCGAAUUGUAAUCAGGUGACUUGUCAAAUAUUGAAAAUAAGGAAAUCCAACAUUGUAUGAUGAUGGAAAGUGAUACUGUGAAAUUAAUAAUAAAAGCACCGAAUCAACAAAUUAAAGAUCAACUUAUAAAAUGUGAUAUCGGGUGGAGUAUUGGUCAUUUAAAGGAAUAUCUCUCCGAAGUUUAUCCCAGUAAACCAGAAAGCGCAGACCAGAAAUUAAUAUAUGCUGGUCAAUUAUUGAACGAUUCUUCUUGUUUGAAAGAUAUUUUAAGACAAUGUGACGGUUUAGAGGACCAAGCAUAUAUUAUACAUUUAGUAUGUACUUCUCAAAAAAUGUGUGCCAAUAAAGUAUCUGAUCGAACACAAACUAGUGAAAGUGUAAAUGUUGUUAAUUCAGCCAUAAGAAAUAACGUUGACCAUAUUAGUCCAAGUCAGAAUCAAAGCACAAAUAACAUUAUAACUCAACCUCCACCAACACAAUUGUAUUCUAUGCAACAAUAUUUUGAUCCUCGAAAUAGUCAACAAGUAGCUUGGAUGCAACAAGCUUACACGCACUAUUUCACACAGUAUAUGCAAUUAAUGGCUGCGCAAGGAAUCCAGUUGCCAACUACAAUUCCUUAUGUUCAACAAAUGGAUAUUGAUCCAAAUGAAGUUACACAAAAUACAUAUACGAAUAACAAUAACAAUAAUAAUAAUAAUAAUAAUGUUGGAGAUGAACAACAACCACAAGUGGCGGUGCAAGAUGUAGCUGAUAUUAAUGCAGGAAAUAAUGUAGCUGGCGAGGAUGGUGCAUUUAAUCCAGAUUGGCUAGACUUUUUUUAUAUGCUAUCCAGAAUCAUUGUUCUCUUUAGUAUUGUGUAUUUUUAUUCCUCUCCACUCAGAUUUCUUAUUGUUACAUUCUUGGGUUUUGUUAUAUAUCUGUACCAAAGUGGAUUUUUCAGAGUACAAGCCAUUAUAUUGCCUGAAAAUAAUUUGCGUCCAGACAAUAAUAAUCAAGUAUUACAAAAUGAAGGAGCAGCUCCGCAAAUUGUUCCUGCCCAACAACAUGGUCAAGUUCCAACGGUACAACCAGAAGCUAGAACAAAUGCCAAUGAUGAAAAUGAAGAAAGACCUGGUGCCCUUGCUUUCACAUGGACAUUUUUUAGUUCAUUUUUUGCUUCCCUUAUUCCAGAUCAACCAAAUGUUAUUUAAUUUUCUGUUAUGUGUUAUGCUUCAUCAUUUGUUCUACUUGUUGUUCCUUCAUUUUUAAAUUCUUCACGUGUCAUUGCAAAACCUAUGAGGUGGUCUCAUAAUCGGAUGGGCUUAACAAGUAUUUCAGUAUGAAUUGUUACUUAAUAUAUUAAAUUGUUAAUUUAAUUUAUUUCUAAUGUAAAAAUUAUCAAUCAAACCCACGAACAAUGUACAUAAUUUUAUUAAUAUUUUAGUUAAAAUACUUCUGACAAAUAAAUCAUCCUACAAACAGAUUGUUCAUAGUAAUGGGUUUAAUAUGAAUAAUCUAAUGAGAUUGCCUCAAGGUUGCUACACAAAGUUAUAGUUAUAUUCAAGGAAUAUUCAACAAAAAUUGGUUAUAGCUGUCUUCUUUAAAAAAUUUGUAGGCUUAUCCCAAAGUUAAUAGGAAUUUAUUGUAAAAUACUUUUUUUUUAUGUUUGUAGUAAUAUAAAUAUACAACGAGAUAAAAAUA